AUGGCGAUGCCGGCGGAGAGCAUGGACGACUCCACGGCUGCCUACCCACCUCGCAGCAUCUACCGGGACUUGAUCCGGCGCGUUGCCGUGUCCGGGACGCAGAUAAGAUCCACUCUCUUCUCGCACUCCCAGUCCGGCCAUGGCGGAUACAGCUACUCCAGCAACUCAGGUGCCUCCAACUCUUACCCAUCCAACAACUCUGGCUGCUCCUCCGCGAAUUCGGCACUGUCCGCCGCCGCAGCAGAUUUCGGCACCCACGAGCUCAAAACCAUCGCUAGCCAAAUGGUGAGCGACGGGUAUACUCAGCGCAUGGUCCAAGCAUUCGAGUACGGCGGUGACCUUGACGGUGCCAUGGAGAAUCGAUUCUCGGAGCUCCACGUCGCACCUCCGGAGCCAGCACUUGUCGAUCCUGUGCUCGAGAGUUGGUUCUUCGAGCUCGACUUGGCAUGGGUUCUCCAGAUCGGCCAGGAGCAUGGCUCGGAGUGGCAGCUCCGGAUCCAAGACAAUUCGGGGUCGUCACUGCAAGACUUGGUCCAGAGGUGGAUCCGAGGUCUCACCAUCACCGUCCACAGUAUAACAGAGCUGCUCUCCGUUCGCCACGAGAUGACAUCAGUCACACAGUUUGGAAAAGCGAGCAUUCUCAAGAUGCUCGUCUUCGUCGAUGCCAUCGUCCCUGAUUUCAAGCCGGAGAAUCUACGGACCGUGCUAGACCUGUAUAUAUGCGUCCGUAAGGCAAUGGAAAAUUCCAAGGAGCGUCCGGAAUUGCUCGACCUAAGCCUAAUACCCACCUUGUCUGCUUACGUGCAAAUACUACAAGGGGCCGUAUCAAGCACUAUGGAGAAGGUCAAGACACGGAUUGAGGAGGACGACGACUCGUGGGCUAUCGAUAUUAUGCAAGGAGGAGGCGAGGUUCACAGGAACACUCGGUGGAUCGUGGAUUGCAUCGUGUCCUUAGAUGAAGCACACCUAGGUGGAAGCCUUUCUGACAUGGUCCAUUAUCUCAAGGAUCUUCUCCUCAGAAAAUCGAAGCUAUGCUCGGAUCUAAGCCUGAGGUACCUCUUCCUGCUCAACAAUUUGUAUUUUGUAGCAGAGAAGAUGAAUCAAUGUAAACCAAAAUAUGCUUGGAAAUUUGAACUUGGAUGCGAAAACUACAAAGAUCGUUAUCUUAAUGUUUCUUGGGAACAUGUGGUGUCCUGCAUACCGAAACCCCAUGUUCCUGGGCCGCUCCAUUAUUGUUGGAUCAACACCUCUUCACUGGUUAAAUUCGAGUCAGCGUUUCAUAAAAUGUACCAAGUUCAGAAGUUUUGGAAGGUUCCGGACCCUAGGCUCAGAUAUUUUCUUCGGAUAGAAAUCACCGAGAGAGUCGUUUCAAGUUACUUCGACUUUCUGACAGAGCAUCCAGAGCUAGCAGCGCACGUUCGCCGCACAAACAACACUCCUGAUGUUUUGGAGGAGAUGCUGGGUCAGCUAUUUGAAGGAUGAAAACUGCUUGUCGCACUCAACAUAGUCACCCGACAAAUAAGAGGACGGAGUUCAUGUUUCGUCCUUGUAUUUGUUUUGAUUUUUUUUUCCUUUUGCAGUCAAGUUGUAAUCUGAAGUUGGCUGGUACCUUAAUCUCUAGAUAUUUAUCAAGUGGCCACAAUC